AUCUGCAAUCUUGGGUUCAGGACAUAGGAGCUGGGGGGAACCUGACAUUAUGAAUGUUGUCUGGACAUUGACCAGAGCAAUCUAUUAUUGGAAUUGAUAAAAAGUAGUUAUUUGGAUAUCACAAACAAAUUAAACAACGAAAUAAUGGCUUCACACAAAACUGCCCAAAUUCGCCUUGUUAGUUCACAUGACGAGGUUUAUGAACCAUGUGAUGACUCUUUUGCACUGGUUGACGCUCUUCUAGCCGAUCGCACUAACCUAUUGGAACAUCAUCCAACAAUGUGUAUGGAAAUAGGCUGUGGAAGUGGAUAUGUUCUUACUUCCCUGGCUCUUAUUCUUGGGCAAGAAGGCAAUGGCGUAAAUUACAUAGCAACUGAUAUCAACCCACAUGCAGUGAAGGUGACGCGCGAGACAAUGGAAGCACACGGAGUUCAUGCAGAACUGAUAAUAACCGAUAUUGCAUCGGGACUUGAGAACCGACUAGCAGGUUUGGUUGAUGUAAUGGUUGUGAACCCUCCUUAUGUGCCUACACCUGAAGACGAAGUCGGGUCUGAAGGGAUUACCUCAUCUUGGGCUGGUGGUGAGAAUGGGAGGAGCGUGAUUGAUAGAAUUUUGCCUGUUGCAGACAAUCUUUUGUCGAAAAAAGGAUGGUUGUAUAUGGUUACUCUCACAGCAAAUAAUCCUUCUGAGAUUUGCGGUGAAAUGAGAAAGAAAGGAUAUGCUUCUAAGAUUGUUGUUCAAAGAUCAACAGAGGAAGAAAGUCUCCAUAUCAUCAAGUUCUGGAAAGAUUUAAAUAUUGAAAUAGAAGAAUUAAAUGACCAAUCUUCUACUGGGUUCAUGGGAUCUUUGCUUGCACAAAUUCCUCUACUUUCAUCAUGGAGAAGCAACAAUAGUGACAACAAGUGUUGAAUCAGAAAGUAAAAUUGAUUACCAAUAUUUCUGGGAUUUGUUUUUUUUUUUGGUCUUGGUAACUAACUGUGCUUUGCAUUGCCCUGAGCUUAAAGAAUGCUUAAAAAUCCAACCAUCAAUGUUGACCUCAUUGUAGGGGUUAUUCA